CACUGACCGAUCGGUCGAUCCAUCUCUGCUCUCUGUUCAACGCCGGCCGGCGACGUCGACCAGCUAUCUAGCUAGCGAUCGAGCUUGUGGCAUCGGUGGAUCGAUCGAACAUGGAGGAGCACUCAGCGUCCUCCUCCCAGCGCGGUGGCGGCCGCGGGGAGCUGCAGGGCCCACGCCCGUCACCGCUCAGGGUCCACAAGGACUCGCACAGGAUCAGGAAGCCGCCGGCCUCGCAGGUGCGGCAGCCGGUCAUCAUCUACACGGUGUCGCCAAAGGUCGUGCACGCCAACCCUGGCGAGUUCAUGUCCGUCGUGCAGCGCCUCACCGGCGCCUCCUCGUCGUCCUCCUCAGUCCCGCCGCCGCCACAGUCGUCGCUCCCGUUCCCGUUCUUCCCCCAGCAGUCGUCGUCCUCCAUGCUCCCGCCCCCGCCGGCGUUGCGGCAGACGCUGCCGUUCCCGUUCCAGCUCCAAGCAUAUGGGCCGCAGGCGCACGAAGGCGCGCUGCUGCAGCACCAGCACUCGCCUGCCGCGCGCCUCGCUGCCAUCGAGCAGGCGUCGGGGCCGGCCACACGGAGCACUGGUGUUCAUCGUGGAGGGCUGCCGCCACUGCCGAGCAUCCUAUCUCCCGUGCCGGGAUCUCUCCCUGCGAUCCCGCCGGGCUUCUUCUCUCCGCUGUCCGGCGGAGCUGGGGGUGGCAUCAACCUGUUCGGCGAGCUGAUCAGCCCGGCAUUCCAUGGCCACGGCGCGUUAACCGGCACCACCGCCGGUGCAAGUCCUAUACCAAUGUCGUUACAGUAUUUCCCCGCUGCAGCUGCGCCGUCGCCGUCGACCCCGUACUAUUGGGAUCUCUUCAACAACCACCCAAACCACCUAUAA